AUGGCAUUCAAAUUUGUUUUCGCUCUUGCCUUCGUGGCUGUGGCCAGCGCUGGUUAUGCUCCAGUUGCUUACCACUCGGCUCCAGCUGUCUAUCACUCAGCUCCUGUUGCUGUCCAUGCUGCCCCGGUAGCUGUGGCCCAGAAAGUCGUUGUCAAGUCCGAAGAAUACGAUCCCCAUCCUCAGUACAAAUUCUCCUAUGGCGUUGAGGAUAAAUUGACUGGUGAUUCCAAGAGCCAAGCCGAAGAACGUGAUGGUGAAGCUGUACGUGGUGAAUACUCUCUAAUUGAUGCUGAUGGUUACAAACGCACUGUGCAUUAUACCGCCGAUGAUGUCAAUGGUUUCAAUGCUGUUGUGCAACGUGAACCUUUGGUUAAAUCUGUUGCCGUAGCUCCUGCCCAUUACGCUGCUCCCGCUGUGGUCAAGACUACUGUAGCUCCAGUUGCCCACUAUGCUGCCCCUCACUAUGAAACACCCGUAGCCCACCAUUAUGCUGCACCCGCUGUUGUCAAGACUGUUGCUCCUGUAGCCCAUUAUGCUGCACCCGCUGUUGUCAAGACUGUUGCUCCUGUAGCCCAUUAUGCUGCCCCAGCUGUUGUUAAGACUGUCGCCCCAGUUGCUCACUAUGCUGCUCCAUCAGUGGCUACAUAUGCCGCCCCAUCUCAUUAUGCUUCCUACGAAGCUCCUACCUACAGUUAUCACCACUAA